UACUUCCUUCUGAUUGCCUUCACUCUGGUGAUGUUUAGGUACAUGUGAUUUCUUAUUUCCAUCUGGUCCUGUUUCCGAGUCCUGCUAGGAGUUGGUGAGCUCUGAGCGCCGGUCUGGUGUAGGCAGAUCCCGCCCUCCGUAAAGCUGAUCACUAUGGCUGACCUGGAUAGUUUCUUUGCGAAAAAGGACAAGAAGAAGGUGAAGGGGAAGAAGUAUACCACCACUGGUGAGAUCGCCCGUCGACUCGAAGAGACAGAAAAGAAAUUAGAACAUCAACAGGGGCUCAAAGUGAAGACAGAACCCGUCAAGAAGCUGGAAGAGAGCUCUGAGACCGCUCCCGUGGUCGAAGAACCCCCACAGAAGGAAGAGGAGGAAUGGAAUGACUUUAAGGAUGAAGCAGACAAAGACAUGACUGACUUGAAGAUUACAAAGUUGCAAAUAGAAGAUGAAGAAGAAGGAGGGGGUGGCUCGGCAGAUGAUGAUGGAGAGAAAGGGGACCAUGGAGACCGAAGGGACGGAGUGUGGAAGACCGAGCCAUCUCAGACUCAGCAAGUUCCAGUGGUGGGUGAUACUCAUGUUGCACCAGUUGAACCAGAAGAGAAAGUCACCAGGCACGUGCAGAAUCCCAACUCAUCAUAUGUCCCCCCUCACAUGCGUAAUAUGUCCGCUUCUCCUCUCCCAAAAUCUACACCAAGGCGGAAUCGAACAGCUCCUGACAUUAAUAAUGAGAUGGCCUUCCCUUCGCUCUCUGAUGCUCAGGCUGCUAACCCAAUGGGUGCCUGGGGCAAGAGAAAGUCAAACAAUGAAGGAUUUGAGAGCGUGAGGCACGGAUCAACCCGCUCCAUGCAGGAAGACUAUGCAGCACCUAAACUUAGUACGGCCAACCGCUUCGAUGCCUUGAGCGAUAAUAGCUGAGGCGGAGGAUGUGUAGACUAGUUAGGGAAGUGUAGGUGAGCACUAAGGCAAGACACAAAGGAUACAGAACUCUUGAACUUUUUUUCUUUUUUUAUAGAGAAUAUCAUCUUGCUCUUAAAUGAAAGGGCCAACUAGGCUGGAAGAUAAAUUCUCUCCAAGGAGGAGUUGUAGAUCCUGUUUUUAUUAAUUUCAGUAUAACUAAUUUUUGUUGAUAUUAUUACUAAAGAGUGUUACAGGUACAAUGUGAUACGGAGUAAAAAUUGUUGAACAAAUCCUCUAGCAAGAGAAGAGAGAUUUUUUUAUAUAUAAAUACAGGUAUAUAUAUUAUCUUGCGGACAGACAUGUUGGGGUGAGUAUAUAAUUUUCAUAGAUCUGUGGACUUUUUAAGAAAAUAAAUAUAUAUAUUGCCUAUCAAUAUUUUUAAAGUAAGCAUGAAGUACUUGUCUACUUAUCCAGUACUGUACUAGCCAUAUAUUUUGAUUCUGAUGGUUGAAGAUGUCAUGAGCUGCCAUGGAUACCAAAUAUACUCGGUUAGAAGAAUGGGUCAUAUUGAUUCUGGACAGCUCUUGUUGAAGAUGUCUAAGACAAUAGGUGGUGAGUGGGAGUAGCUCUGAUUUUCUUAGCAACCAAUUUGACUGCAGAAUUGGAAUGGGCCUCAUGGUUUUAAAUCUGAAGCAUGAAAUAUUGAUGGGUGUGAGGUGCAUCCUUUGUGGAAAUAUUUACUCCCUACCAGCUUUUUUCAGGAAUAUGAAAUAAUGAAUUAUUGUAAGAUAGAUUUGGGCUCUCAGAAAAUCUAUUUUAUUUCCUAAAUAAGUACUGAUGCAGAAAGAACUGAUACACACUAUUGUACUUUUAUUUUGAUAAACUGGCUGCCAAAGGCAUGAAGUCAAAUGAUGGGCCAAUGAGUACCUAUUCUAUGUACCUCCUUGCAGCAGGCUUUUUCUCACAUGCAGAAUAUACCCAAGAACCCAGUGAAACUUGCAUAUUGAAUCACCAUAACCAGCUCCUGCACUUAAUAUACCAUAUUAGGUUGUGCAAGUCCUAGUACGCUUCAGAUGCCGGCAGUGGUCGGUCCCCUCCGGCCACAGCGUCUUAGGGAUCAUAAUAUCAGCUAUCCAGGAACCAGUGUAACCAGGCUGUUGUGAAGUUUGUCGUAAGGGUGUCUUGAUUCUUUUUUAUAAUAAAUCAAUUAUUCCUACUUGUCAGUAUUUUGGUUUGCUGGCCCGUGGACACUCCGUGUUCUUCGUAUUACUAGAAGGGCGUGGCUCAAUCUGGUGAUCUGUGCGGUGUAUUUUGUAACGAGUACUUAGUACGCCCAACACUCAUUCUGCAGGACUUGAGAAUCAAAGCUUCCUCUAUCUUGAUUGUUAAAAUGUUUGUGUAUGCGUGUGUUUGUGUGUACUUAUAUAUCACAGGGAUCAUCACAGAAAAAUUCAAGGAGAGUGACAUCUUGCAUGGUAUCAUGACAAUGUACUAUAAUGCCUGUAUUAUGUAAACAAGAUUGUCAGUCAUGACAGAUGAUGCUUGGUAAUUAUCUUUGUCAUUACAGUACAAGUACAGUUAUUAUUGUAGGUCACCAAUUAAAUUUAAAAAUACAAUGAUAAGGAAACUUGAUUAGUGUAAUUUUGAAAGGUAGGUAGGAAUUUUACCAUGGCUCCUGAAAUUCAAGCAUGGCGGGGCGGGCCCACGUGCUUGAAGACCCUUAUAGUAAUCCCUGUUUUAUACAUGCAUACAUGCGUACUUGCAUAUACAAAAUUUAUGCAAGAUACAUAUUCAUACUUUCAAUAAUGAAGUUUCAUACAGGUGUUGCAAGACAAAUGUAUCAUUUGUAAAGACAAUCCCCCUAUACUGUGAGAUGAGUCGAGCCUUUUAACAUAAAAUAAAAUAUUUCCUCCUA